CGGUGCUUCUUCUGUUGCCGCUGCUGCCGCCGCUCUCUCUUUUGGGGCCGGAGGGGAGGCCCUGGGUCGGGGUUGGCGGGAGCACCAUGCCCCGGGGGCCCUCCCUCCAGCGCCCCCCCGCCGCCUCCUCCUCCUCCUCCUCUUCUUCGGGCUCCUUCCAGCCUCCUCCUCCUCCUCCUCCUCCUGCAGCUGCUGCUGCUCAGCCCUUGCCUCCUCCGGCGGAGCUCCUCCAGCCCUUCUUCCCGGGGCCCCUCCUGGCCAAGCCCAAGGCCCCCUCCUCCUCCUCCUCCUCCUCCAGCAGCAGCUCCUCCAGCGGAGGCUCCCGCAGGGGGCGGAGGGGCUCCGUCUCCAGCUCCAGCAGGAGCCCCAGCAGCAGCAGCAGCCCCAGGAGCAGCGAGGAAGAAGAGGAGGAGGAGGAAGAGGCCAAGCCCUUGGUGCCAGCCCCAGAGCCCCCUCCCCAGCCCUCCUCUUCCUCCUCCUCCUCCUCUUUGGGGGCCAGAGGAGGCAUGACUGCUGGGGGGGAGCUCUAUGGGCCCCCUUUGGCCACAGCAGCAGCAGCAGUGGGCCCUCCCUCAGGCAGCCCUUCGGCCCCAAGGAUGCUGUGGGGGGCGGCGGGCGGCUCUUCCUCCUCCUCCUCUUCCUCUCGGUGGCCCUUCCAGGCGCUGUCCCUGGUGCUGCUGCUGAGCCAAGGGGCCCUGCUGGACCUCUACCUGAUCGCCGUCACCGACCUCUACUGGUGCGGCUGGAUCGCCACCGACUUGGUCCUGGGGGCCGGCUGGGGCAUAUUUUUCUGCAGGAACAGCCGCGCCAGGUGCCGGGAGAGGGCAAGCAGAGGAGGACCCCCGCCGCCCCCUUUGCACCCUUUGCUGGGACAUCCGCCCCACGGAGGAGGAGGAGGAGGAGGACGCGGCAGCAAACCGGCGGCAUUGGCAUCAACCCCUCGCCCCGGAGGCGACUUCGCUUACGCCCACCUGGCCUGGCUGAUCUACGCCAUCGCCUUCACCCCCAAGGCGGCCCUCAUCCUGGGCACCUCCAUCCUGGAGCUGGUGGAGCUGCACCUGCCCUUAGGGGCCACCGGCUUCCGCCUCACCUUGGCCCUCUCGGCCCCGCUCCUCUACUGCCUCCUCAGGGCAAUUGGGGGCUCCGAGGCCAGCGGGGGUGGACAGUUGCUCCUGCCGGUCCACCCGCCUCCCCACCACCGGGCCUCCGCCGCCUUCCUGGCUACAUGCCUGGACCUCCUGGACAGCUUCACCCUCCUGGAGGUGCUGCUCCUGCCCCGGCCAGCCUUGGCUCUCCCGCCGGCCCUCCGCUACCUCCUCAUUGCCGUCUACUUCCUCUGCCUGGCGUCACCAGUCCUGUGGCUCUAUGAGCUGAGUGCCCCCCGGGCCCCUGGGGCCGCCCGCCUGGCCCUCCACUGGCUCCUGCCCGCCGGGCUCCUGGACGCCCCACUCCUGGCCCUCCGGUGUCUUCUUCUCCUCCACUACCAGCAGCCCCUCUCCAUCUUCAUGCUCAAGAACCUCUUCUUCUUGGCCUGUCGGGGCCUGGAGGUCUUGGAGACCUGCUGCCUCCUGCAUGCUGCCCGUGGCCACGGGGCCGAGGGCAAGAGCGUGGCCACCCCCUCCACGGGCCUCGGCCCCAGCCAGCUCAGCCACUGCAUCUCGGAGAACGACAUGGGACCCCAUGGCUACGUCAACACCCUGGCCGUCACAGCCCAGAGCUGAGGAUCCGGGACUGGGAGUGGCGUCUUUGCACUCAGCUCAAGGCCUUGGCAGAACAGACCCCUGUGUGGCCCCUUCCCUUGGCCUGAGAUCACUGGGUGCCCAUCUUCUUCCUCCAAUCUGGUUUAGAUGCCUCCACACUCAACCCAAGGCCUUGGUAGGACAGUCCCCUUCUCUUAGCCUGAGAUCAGUGGGUGCCCACCUUCUUCCCCUUCCAAUCUCAUGUAGAUGUCCCUGCACUCAACUCAAGGCCUUGACAGGACAGACCCCUAUGUGGCCCCUUCCCUUGGCCUGAGAUCACUGGGUGCCCACCUUCUUCCCCUUCUAGUCUCUUAUAGAUGCCACUGCACUCAACCCAAGGCCCUGGCAGGACAGACCCCUUUGCUUAGCCUGAGAUCACUGAGUAUCCAUCUUCUUCUCCCUCCAAUCUCACUUAGAUGCCCUCACACUCAACUCAAGGCCUUUGCAGGAGAGUUCCCAGGAUGGCUCCUUCCCUUGUCCUGAGAUCUCUGGGUGCCCAUCUUCUCUCCCCUCUAGUCUCAUUUAGAUGCCCCUGUAAUCCACUUAAGGCCCUGGCAGGACAGUUCCCUUCCCUUGGCCUGAGAUCAUGGGGUGCCAACCUUCUUCUCCUGCCAUUCCAUGCCAGCCUUGUGUCUAUUUCCCUGUACUCUCUAAUUCCCCCUGAUGUUCACUUUGGCUCAAACCCUUCUGCCCAGGCCAUUUCAGUAGAUAGUAGUUGUAGACCUCCCCAGAGCAUUUGGGAGCACUGCUUUUUAUGAACUGCAGCUUUCAGAAUCCCUAAGCCAGCAUGGCAAUGAUAGCCAGAGAAAUGUUUCCAUGAUGUGUAACUCACUCAGCAGUCAUACCUUACCAAUGUAGUGUGUAGCUCCCAACUCUGCAUUUUAUUUUUUUGACCCUUGUCCUGGGAAAUCCAUUGCAAGCCCAGGGGCUCUAACCAAUACCUCUUUUCUCCUACCUUUUUUUCUGUGAUCUGCAACUCACUCAGCAACCAUACUUUACCAACCAUAGUGUGUAAUUCCCACCUCUGGCAUUGUUAAAAUUGGUCCAAAAGAUGCAUUCUGCUCUUCACCAGUCUGGUUAACUGGGAGGAGAUUCCCUAUAGCAGCUGUAGCUCAGUUGUUCCAGUUUUUCAGGCUUGAUUUUCAAGCUUUCUCUCGUUUAUUUUCAGUCCUAUUUUUGUCUUUAGCCGUUCCAUAGCUAUACAUCAUCUGCUCCUGAGCCCCUUUAAUCAUGGCAGCUAAAAAAAAAAGAUGGGGAGGGGGAGGAAUGAAAUGCUUAUAAUCUAUUUUUGCAGACCUAGAAGUCUCCUGCCAGGGAAUUAACCAGGUACGAACACAAUUUUAAUAAUGCUGACACAUCAAGUACCUAAAAAUAAUUUUCUGAACCCUUAUCACGGCAGCAAUUAGUGUAUGUUACUGGUCUUCACCCCAGUCCUUCACCCUAACUCCCACUGUCUGUUCCAUAUUUUUCCCCACACCAUAUCUAUAAUCCUAUAACCCCUAUUUUAUUGAUUCUCCCAAAGGGCUACUUAAUGUAUUGUAGCUCCACAACCCGUAUCUUUUUUGGGUUAUUCAUAGUUAAGCUUUUGCAAGGCAUCAAUGUGAAUCUUCCCAAUCACGCACCCCUAAUUAGCUGUUCUCACUGCUUUUGUUCAGAUUUGUGUCUAUGCGCAUCUCUGUUGUGCAGGAUUAUAGAACUCUAGCAGGAGAGCAAGUAUCAUUUGAGUGCCUGAUUGCACUUUCCAAAUUGUCUCUUUCUCCCUUAUUUUCAUGAGCUGGUCUUAUCCACAACAGGAAGAACAAAGAUUGCAUGCCUCCUAUUUGUCACCCAAGACCAGUUUUCUCAUUCUCUGCCCUCUCCUCCUUACUGAGGUGCCUCCUACCAGCACUGCCUAUUGAGCUUGGUGGUGGUGGUGGUGGGGAGAGAAGUGACAACCACCAGCUCAAACAUAUAACUUGCCUGCCCUGUUAUCUAUAAGCAGGUUCUCUGUAUCUACCUUGGGCUGCUGUCCAUUCAGCAAGGGGUAAACUAGCCAUAAAAUGCUGAACAAAAAGAGAGGGAAGCACUACUGAUGGUGCUAAGUUGGGCCUAAUUCUUUUGGUAACCUUGUGGAUGGACUGUAGGCCUUCAAACUGCAGGUGGAGGCUCACACAACCAAGUGCUUUACAAAUUCCCACAGUGAUUGUGAUGUGAAACCAACUUUCUCCACACACCGUUGGUAUAUAUGGAAGCUGUGUGGAGGAACAUGCAUUCGUGUUAUUUCCUACCUGCAAACUAAAGGAGUACAGUCCAGACACAGGUUCAUCAUCUGGCCAUUCAAAGACCAGUGCCUCUGCUUAACCUGUUGUUGCUCAGGGUGCUGUAGUUGUGCCAAGCUGCUUUAGCCAAGGGCAGAUGAAGGGCACUGUUUUUCUUAAUAUGGUUCUUUUUCUAUACAUCCUUUAGUAAACUGGUCGGGGAAGAUCUCAACAUGAAAAGCUCAAAACCAUAUGUAAGGACAAAUUAAACAGCAAGAACAUCUUCUCUUGGGAAAGGGAAACUGUUUCCUUCACAGGUUGUUUUUUUUUUUUUUUUAAUUACAGUAUCUCAAAAUUCAGCCGCAUUGCUACUUUUGUGGGCCAAAUCUUAAGACUCUUUUGUAUGGUUACUAGUGUCCCCUGUGGGCUUCCCUUUGCCUUUUUGCCCAUAGCGCUUAUGAGCUAUAAGAAAGCUAAUGUUUUGGCUUGUUUGAUACUUGACAGUUCCCAGUGAUUUAAGAAGAGACUGUGCUGAUGUUGCUUCCUGUAUGGUAGGCCUUGGAGUAUGCCGCUCUACCCUGCUCUUGAAAGAGGAGGUUCUUUUAAACCCACUUUUACCAUACUAAAAACCUUUUGAAAGCAACUGGUUUUUUUGCCCCUCGCCAGAGAUAAAAUAAUUUCCUCUUGAGACACAUUUCUGGGGUUAGGAUGGAACCUGCAAUCUUUAAAGAAGAAAAGAACCAUCUGUCUCCAUGCUGAAAAAUUCUACCUCUGUGCUUCAACUUCAUUGCAUCAUGUGCCGAUUGUGCAAAUGGGAUACAUCGGAUUUUAUCCAGGAAGGAGUGAAAGCGCCUUUAUAACUGAGACGUUUAACUCACCGGUGAUAACAGGGUCUGUCAACAAUCUCCGUUUCCACUAAGCCUCUUGUUUCUUUUUUCUUUUCUUGGUGAUCGACUUGCAUGAUUUGAAGAAAUCGGUUCGCUGUUUUGACAAUAGUCUUCAUGUCUUUUUGUUUUAUAGGUAAUGUGGAGUAACAGGCAAUCAUCACUAUGAGAAAAUAAGCAGAAAGGAAAACCCUUCCCCUUUAUUUAUUUUUUUAUUUAUUUAUGCAUGCCGCUUGGUAUGCACUGUGUAGUACUAAAUUUAAUUUGUCAUGGAAUGAAAAUUGGCAGAGAAAGAACAUAUUACUCAAGGAUACAGGGAACAGUAUGGAUAUAUUGGCAAGAUGCCUGGUUCUUUUCCCACAUGGGCAUGCUUUUCUGUUUGCAUGUGGAUCCAACAGCAUUUUGUGCCCAACAGCAUUUUGUAUCUGCCUUGGUGGGCUGCCAUUGCCCUUGGCUUUAACAUUUCAUGAGCUGGUUUUAAAGGCCAUAUUUAACAAGGAAGCUGAACAAGGAAGUCUUGGAUCCACUUCUACCCAACAUUUUUUUACAUAUAUAUGAGACAGGUCUGAAAUUUAUGUUAAGGAUUCCCUUAUUGGGCGUGGUAUUAAACAAUGCUCUGCUGUUUUCUGCACAUUGCCUAGGUAGGAAAAGUACAAAGUGCUCCUUAACCACUACUGAAAACCUAAGGUGGGCUAAAAUAUGCUGCGGCAUCUUUCCACCUCUUGGUACUAUAGACACUCUUCUUUGCUGUCAUAUUACUGCACUAUAGAGAAAUGAUACAAAAACCAGAAUAGGUGACGAACAACCUGGUCCUCAAGCGCUGUUUUAAUGCUACACUUACAUUCUGCCUUUCCUUUCUAUUCUCAGUUAUAGAUUGGUGAUGUUCAUUAGGUGUUUCACUUGUUAACUCCAGAGUCACUCUGAGAUGCCUGCUUAUGAACUUCAGGCCAGUCAACUCUGGUUGCACCUGUGAGGACCAAGGUUUAACUUUCUUACCAGUGUGUUACUCUGGGCCCAAAGCAGAGCUUUUGAGAGAUAAUUGUGUGUGAAAUUCUAGCCAGACAGCUUCCCUUUCUGUAAUUUCUGUUUGUCUGGACAAUAUUGGUGCUGUGACUGUGAUUGUAAAAUUUAAGUACUGUGGAAUUUCCUUCUGAGCUCUGAGACACUUUUCGUGGAGAUGCUACUUUCCUAACAGGGAAAGAACAGGUGGAAGUGCAAUAUGUCACUUUGCUGUGAAGCAGCCUGCAGUGCAAUAAAUAAAACACUACAAGCCCUUAUGGUUAUGAGCAUUACAGGCACACUCCCAAUAGAAGCAAAACUGGUGCAUUUUAUAUAUUGUAGGUGACACACCAGUCACAAUUUUAUCCUUGCUGUAAAGUGGAUGGAAAGAAAUAUUCACUAGUUGCAAAAAUAGCUCAACAACAGAAGAACUUCAUGACACUGAAGGAGGUGAAAUCUGUCCGAUAUUGGUUAAAUUAAGGCUGCUGGUUCAAGGGCUGCAUUUUUAUUCUGUAAAAUUUGAUGGAAUUGUAAUACCUGUAUCUAGUUCUUGUUGGGCAAGGAAGUGUGCAUAGAAAUGUGGUGGCAUUCUUUCUGAUGUAGCAGCCAAAGUUGUGCACAGAUGGCACCACCGCUUUCCCUUGAAGAAGCAGAAGCCAUACUGAUCAGCUUUAGGUUAGGAAGGAGGAAGCAAGGCGAGAGACCGACUCCAUAAUGUCAGUUCGUAAGCACCAAUUGCUUGGGAUGGCUGCUUUUCUAAAAAGUUUCGUCAGGGCAGGUUUUCUAACCUACAGCACCAGUCAUCCAACAUUUAAUCAAGGCUCUUUUUUAAAGUAUUGGAAAUUACUGUAAGCAGUCCUACUGUGCUUUGAAGUACUUUUUAAAAAUUAAGACACACAACAUUUGUUGCAAUGAGGGUAAUUGGGCUGUCUUCUGGAAAGAUUCCUUGCAUCUCAUUGCUAUCUGCUAGUGGGAGGAUGCAGUGUUUUAUGUUUGCUGCAUCAGAUUGUGAGUAACUCCCACAAGAAUGUUCUGCUAAGCCUUUCCUUAACACCUGCAUAGUACAUCUGUCCAUUGUUCUAUGUUAAACUGUGCUGAUUAAACCAGGUUUCUUGGAAUGGCUUUUGCUUAACAAAAUUGAGAGGUUGCAAAUUCAGACUGAACACUCUUGUUAUUUGAGGAAGGUGAGACAUUUCCUUUUUUAGGGCAAUCAGUAAUAACAAUAAUAAUGAUGGGGAAUAUCUUAGAAGUCUCCCACAUGCCCAGAUCUUAGAUUUCAGCUCCCACAUUUCCUCACUCUGGGCUAUGUUAGCUAGAGCUGCUGAAAGUUGUAGUUCAGCAUCUAAAUGGCCACAGCAGUCAUGUGUGCAGAUGCAGACACAAGUAUAAAAGCCACUGUGCUGAGGGAAAGUGAAGAGACUUGCAAGAAGUGACAUGGAAACUUAGCAUCCCCACAAGUUUAACAGAGUUUCUAUUUUUAAAACAUUUUGUUCUUAAAAUUAAAAAAAACAAGUUAAUUGUUCACGGCUGUCUGAUUGUUUCUUAAUUCUUUGUAAUGCAGCUCUAAGAUACUGAAUUUCUGAACUUUUCAAAUAAAGGAGCCAGGUUUGGCCUACGCUUUGCAACAAAAUGAAGUGCUGAAGGUGACAGCAUAAAUCCAGACUGUGGGUGGUCAGUCACAUUUCUGUUCAUUUCUUCCUAGUUUUCCAUCUGAAGGGCAUUGAAAAUUGAAUUGUUCCAUCAGCAAACUGAAGAUUUUUCUUUUUCGUUCCCC